AUGAGUAAAGGAACAGCAAGCUUUGGAAAGAAGAACAAGAGAAACAUGGAGAUGUGUAGAAGAUGCGGAAGGCAAUCUUAUCACAAGCAGAAAAACUCGUGUUCCUCGUGUGCGUAUCCUAAUCCAAAGAUGAGGACGCCUGCAUCAAUAAAGGCAAGGCGUAGACGCAAUAUUGGAACGGGAAGGAUGAGACAUAUGAAGAAAGAGAGGAUUGCAGCGAAGAAUGGGCAUAGGGGAAACCCCAUAUUGAGGGCGUUGUGGGCCAAGAAUUAA